AUGACAGGUACACAACUCCAUGUCCCACAACAGCCUUGGAUCACCCAGCUAUUCUACCACGCGGAGAAAACACCGAAUCGAACAUUCAUCCGCGAUCUCGGAACUGGGAAAGAGGCAACCUUUAAUGAAUUCCUGUAUGAAGUCCUCACGCAUGGUGCUCGUCUCAAGGAGAGAUUGAGCCAGGAUACCCAAGCUCGACUCCAUGAUCCAAACGAGGAGGUCUUUAUUGGCCUCCUUGCGAAAGCGGGGUUUGAAUAUGUUGUGCUCCUCUUUGCAAUUUACAGUAUUGGCGGCAUUGCUGUUCCCAUGAGUAAGUGA